AUGCAGUCAAGAUUAACAUUAGUCUCUAAACUCAACAAGAUCUUAUUGACACCUCCAAAAUACAAAACAAUCCCACAAUCACUUUUCUCAACAUCUUCAGGUAAUGUCAAAGCCGAAGGCGAUGAUGCCAUGACACAAGGUGUCGACACCGAGGGCGAAACCGCAAACCCAAAACUGGAUAAAAACGAAAAUAUUACCCCGACAAAAGAAGACGACCACUACAUGCGUCCAAAAACGGUCCCACCAAAUUUAUCAUCACCAAAACUACAAAAUCCGGGGGUCAGCACGCCCGUUGACCCCCACUUCCAGCAAAAGCGAACCAAGUCUACCAGCCCCGCGCUGGAGAUAUCCUGUGCGGGGCUGGAUGGUUCUCCUUGGCCAGAAGAUAAUAAGGAUAGUGAUAGAAAGGAACAAGAGGAAGAUGACAAGGAAUUUUUUAAGCAUCAUAAAGCGUCUCCGUUAUCAGAAAUUGAGAUUGGUGAAACGAGAAAACCGCUAGAGAGAGUUAUGCAGGGGACGGCUGAUGGUUAUUUUGGUGAUGAGAAGGUGUUGACGUGGAAACCGGAACAGCUCGAUACUGCGGAGCAGUCGUUGUUGAGAGCCACGCAGAUGUUUCGAGAAGCGGCUGCUAGAGGUGUUCCCGAUUGGCCUCAUUCUAGAAGAUUGAGAGAAUUACGGGGCGAGGAUUGGUGAGCUUGCACCACAAUGAUAGUCUAAUUAAGUUCUUUGCGAAUUAUAUAGAUUAAUAAAUUGUACGGUAAAAGAGA